UAUACAUAAAUCAGUAAAAAUAUAAAUAUCUGCUUCACGUCUUGAUGAAAGGACUUUGGACAUUAGAGAUACGAAUUAGACCUAUUUUGUUACUUAACAAUCAGUCAAGAAGCGACAUUUAACAAUUAUAUUUAUAAAAAAUGUUUGCUACUGGGCUUAGAACGUUACGAACUAGUAAUAAAUAUGGUUUAUUGGCACGCUAUGAAUCUACACUAGUUAUUGCAGAACAUAACAAUGAAUCAGUAUUCCCUAUCACCUGCAAUACAUUAAGUGCAGCAAAAAAGAUUGGUGGUGAUGUAACAGUUUUAGUUGCUGGUACUAAAUGUGAUGCAGUGGCACAAAGUGUUAGUAAAGCUAAUGGUGUAUCCAAAGUUUUGGUAGCAGACAGUGAUGCUUUCAAAGGAUUCCUUCCAGAAGCAUUGACUCCCCUUAUUGUUGCAGCUCAAAAUGAACAUAAAUUUACCCAUAUUUUAACUGGUGCUACUGCUUUUGGUAAAGCAUUAUUGCCACGAGUUGCUGCUAAAUUGGAUGUGUCUCCAAUAAGUGAUAUUAUUGGUAUUAAAGCACCAGACACAUUUAUCCGUACAAUUUAUGCAGGCAAUGCAAUUCAAACAUUAAAAUGUAAGGAUAAAGUAAAAAUAGUUUCAGUGAGAGGUACUGCAUUUGAAGCAGUACCCUUGGAAGGAGGAAGUACCAAGUGUGAACCUGCAUCAGCUGGUGAUUUUAAAUCACAAUUGAUAGAGUUCCUCAGGCAGGAAUUGAGUAAAUCUGAUAGACCAGAAUUAACAUCUGCAAAGGUUAUUGUAUCUGGAGGAAGAGGAAUGAAAUCUGGAGAAAACUUCCACUUAUUAUAUACUCUAGCAGAUAAACUUAAUGCUGCAGUUGGUGCAUCUCGUGCUGCUGUAGAUGCUGGCUUUGUGCCUAAUGAUUUACAAGUUGGACAGACUGGAAAAAUUGUUGCCCCGAAUCUAUACAUUGCUGUGGGUAUUUCUGGAGCAAUCCAACAUCUUGCUGGUAUGAAAGACUCAAAAACAAUUGUUGCAAUUAAUAAAGAUCCAGAUGCUCCCAUCUUCCAAGUAGCUGAUUAUGGUUUAGUCGCCGAUUUAUUUAAGAGUUUUACUAUUUAUAGCACGAAAUAUGGUAUGAUAGCAUCAUUUCAUGGGUCUUAUGACACGUUAUAUUACGUGUGCGAAUUAUGUUUUAUGUGUGAAAAAACCAAAUUACUCUAA